CAGAGCCUCGCCCUGGCGGCAGAGAGGGGACGCGCUCCUCCUGGGGGGACGGCGGAGGGGGAUGCCGGUCCAGCGCCCUCCUUCUGAAGAGGGGGGGGGGCAGAUGGCCCCCGGGCCCUAGCUAGAGGAGACCCCCCCCCAACUGCCCCCUCCAGACGGACGGGGAGAGGAGUCCCUCCGACUUGCGCCCGGCAGCCCCAGAUGUUGUGGGAGGCGCAGCCUUUGUUUAGGAGCAGCAGAGAGAGCCGCCAUGCCCUCUGAUCAGCCGUCCCCGCCCGGUCACCCGCUGAAGCCUGGGAAGAAGACUGGUCCAGCUCGGUCCUCGAAGUCAGAGAGCCCCGGCUCGGAGGGCAGCCCUCGGCAGGCUGUGAAGAUGACGGUGGGCCUUGCGUCGAGCGGGACGUCCCAUCACUUGUCGAGCGAAGUGGAGAAGGACUCGGGGUUUUCAGACGUGAGCUCAGACUACCUGAGCACCAUAGAGCAGACCGACACGGAGGACCAGUCCGCCUCCACGCUGCGCCACCCAGCCAAGCUGCAGCAGGCACCGCAGAAGGCGUCCAGGGGACUCCCGGGCAGCACCUUCGCCGGCCUCACGCCUGUGUACAUUGUCAAAAACGUCGCCCUCAAACAGCCCCUGGGUGCGUCUGCCCCCGCCCAGUUCCUGGCAUGGAGCGGCCAGCACUCCCUCGACGGCCUGCAGGCCUCCCCGGCCCGCGUGCUCUUCAUCCAGCAGCCGCUGGCCACCCUGAAGCCCCUGCUUCCCAGCCAGAGGUCUGCCGCCAAGGCAUCCUUCCCGGCCAGCCUCAGCGCUUACCCCAGAAUCGCUCCUCACCCCACCCUUGACCCGCUGCCCAAGGCAGGCCCGCCGGCGGCCGCCCCAACAGGCGACACCAGCAAGAGCAAGCGCUUCUGCCUGGAAGAGGCCUGGGUCUCGUCUUCCAAGCCGGCCGCACCAAAACGCGGGGGGGAGAAGCUGGGAGGAGGGGAGCCACCGCCUCCGCCUCCCUCGGACCCGCCCGCGCCCACUGCUCCCGGCCCGGAGGUCCUCCCCUCCCAGGACGCCGUCACCUCGUCCACCGGCUCCGGGACGGCCGGCUUGGACCAGGCCGAGGCGCGGAUGAUCUCCCGGGCCUCCAGGAAGCUGGGCUUCGGCAACCCGGGGAGGCAGCGCCGCUUCCAGAACACGGUGGAGAUCCUCCAGAAGUCGGGCCUGCUGGGUAUCACGCUGAGGACCAAGGAGCUGAUCCGGCAGAGCGGCAACACCCAGCGGGACUUGGCCGAGCUGCGGGAGCAGGCCCAGCUCCUCUACGAGGCCGUGCAGAGCAACGACGCCCGGGCCUGGACCCGCCUCCAGGAGGCCAUGAGCCGCUCCGCCGACUACUGGGCCAGCAAGGGCGCCACCUCCUACCCGCUGCGGGGGCAGCAGAGCCUGCCGGUCGAGGCCGCCGUGGCAGUGGACGGGGAGAGUCCCCCCGGGUCGCCUGUGAACUUGUCUCUAGCGCCUGACGCCUCCUCGGCGGGCCCGGGGCUGCCUUAAGCCCUUCCUCGCUUUCUUCCCGAGCGAAGGGUUGUUCUCUGAAAUUGGCGUUUGGGCCCCUGACCCCCUCGGCCUCCCGCGGGAGCCCUGAGCACAAGGCCGGGCUGGCCCUCUCCGACCUGGACCACGGGCCACUUGGGACUUGGAGGGCCACGGAGAUCCGGCGUGCGCUUGCAGAUGGACUCUGAGAGUGGGGGCGGGGAGGGGGUGUCUUUGGGCCCUGGCAAAUCGGGGCAGGCCCUGCCGGCCCGGCCUGGGGGCUCUAUUGGUGUAGGGAGGGGGCGCUUGCCGGACCGGGUUGCUGGGGGAGGCGGGGAAAGACAAGCGGCUUUUGCAUCGAUCGCGUCACGAGCUCGGGGCUGCGUCUGUCUUCUGAGAGCGGGACUCGGCCGGGGCUUUCCGGCAACCUUCAGGGGCUCUCAGUUUGGGGGGGGGGUCUCCCCCGCCCUGGCUCUUCGGGGGGUCCUCCUGGCUGUAAGGAAGCCAGCCAGCCAGCCACCCCCACCUUCCGCCCGAACUGCCAUGGGAGAAGAGAACAGCUCCCUCCCUGCAGGAGGUGAAGGGUGAGCCUGUACUGCUCCGUCUGCCUGGUGGAGAGCUCUGCCUCUCUGGAGAAGCUUGCGGGCGCUGCCGCCGCCGACCGAAGACGGUGCAAUAAAAAGAUAUCUUUUGG